GUGAAAUGCUGGUUUUGGAUUAGAUGAUCCUGGUAUAAGCUGUGUAAAUGUUAACAGUAUUCAACAUUGUAAAAAUCAGAGAAGCUGAUUCCUAUGCUGCGAAGAAUAUUUUAUAGCAAGAGAAUAAUAGAAGCCUUGGAUUUGAUAGUUUCAUAGUGACAAGAUUUCUGGUAAAUAUGAUAUUGAUUCUGCUACUUCAUUCAUUCAUGAUUGUAUCAUCUGAUUACAUAGAGAGUCAACCUCUGCCAAGAAACAACACAUGCAACUUGGCCAUUCAUUCCAAGGCUUUGGAAACCAUCAUCAGAGAUGAAAGUGUUCUUAUCAACAUGGAAUUGACUUUAUUAAAGUCCAGUAUUAAUAACUUAUCUGUUGAUGUAAUGGAAGAAAUUCAGUAUUCAGAUGGAAUGAUCAAUAUCCAGGACUGGGUAUUAGCCAUUGGACCCAAGGGUUUUCAACUAUUAUCUUUGCCAGAUACAGCAGUGAUCUUCUCCCUGAAUACAUUAAGUCACGGUAUAGAAAGGGUUUCUGUGAAUGUUUUCAUAUCAGUGGACUGUUACUUGGAUGCUGAUGAAGAUGAAAGACAAAAAAUAAUUGCAUCAUCGCUUGCACGAUUUUCAUCAAUGGAUAGCUUACAAAAGGACUUUUUAAUUUGUCUCAAGUCUAACAGUAAUUUUGAAAGUACGACUACUUUUACAAAAUUGUUUUGUUGGGGAACUGAAUCUACAAAAAAUCAUUUCAUAAAAAUCAUACAUAUAUUGACUAUAUUUGGAAGUUUCAUUCUAUUACAAUGUAUAUGUCUGUUCCUUGUGUCGUUUUUUUGUGAAAAAAAACCAUCACUUGUUGAAGGCACAGAGUACAUUAAUAUAAGCACAGAUCUCCCUAUUGGCCCUAAACACUUUGUAUUUUUUUCAGGAGGUAUAAAAACAUAUAUUUUUGUUUGCUUUCUGUGCGCGUCUUUAAUUUAUAUAUCUGGAUGUGUCCCAUCAAUGAUACAAUACAUAAUCAUGGGCAAAGCUGAUACAGCUUAUAUUGUAUUUGUCAUAAUUGGGUAUUUCAUAUUUGUGUUUAAUUCAAUGUUGUAUUUAUAUAUAUUUAAGAAAAAUGAAAAAGAAAAUAGUAUAAUAAAUAAAUAUAUGAUCCGACUUAUUGAAACUGAAAUUAGAUUUGGAAUACCACUGGUCAGUUAUAUCACACUAAAUGAAAUGCCCAAUUUUUUUUGUUAUACUCUUAGGUUAAAUAAUUUAAAGAAAUUGGAAUGUCUACUCACUCGACUGACAUGCAGAUUACUCUCCUUUGAAUUUUGGAAACAAAUGUGGAAAAGCACUGACCAUGGGUCAAGUGGUUGUAUUAAGUUUAUUGUCAGAACAUUUUGCAUGAUAAUUAAAUGUUACAUCAUUUGUCUUCUUCAUUCACCAAUUUCUAUUAUAAUUAGGAGUAUUCAUUUUUUCACUUCAUACUACAAAAAGGAAGGAAAUAUAAUAAACAUUUUUUCAUUACUAUUUAUUUUAAGUUCAAUAUUAUACUAUGUAUAUAUAACUGUUAUACUGAAUUACCAAUUAGUAAGUAUCAUAAGUAUUGUAUUUUUUUUUUUUUUAGGUCUUCUAAUGAACUCUAAUGACGUUUUUGAGUUUGUUAUGGUGUCCUUUAUCAUUAUUGGCUAUACCUGCAUCACUUUAACUGACUAUUAUGCUGGUUACAGCAAACUGUUGAGACAAGUUAUUAAGUUAGCGGUAAAAAAUGAACCAGAACAUGCUGAUUAUGCGAGACCUGUCAUUUAUAUAAAGAACCUUGAUGAAGGUAGUGGUUUAACAUCCAUUAAAAAGCAAUUGUUUGAUCAGAUUAUUAAAAAGCACAGGCCAUAUGGCCCUGAGAUUAUGAAAACCCUAAUGAAUUUGAGCCUAUGUUGCAUGGCUUUGAUUUUAGUAUAUUCAUUGAAAUCAUACGGCCAAUUACCUAACAUAACUAUAGGGGUUAGGUCUGUUUUUUAUGUUCUCAUUCCUUUAGCUUUUCAAAAUUUCUCUAAACUUACCAUGAAUGAUUCAGACUUAAGAAACAAAGCAAAAAUAUUCAAAGCUAGCCUAGAAAUGGACAUUCAACAAUACCGUGAAUCUGGAAAUAUUGCUAGCAAUAUUCCUGUACAGCUCUCCAGAAUGACCUCUCCAACUAUUGCCUUCCGAAAAAGACCAAUUGUGUCUCCAAACAGAACUAUUGCCUCCAAAAGAAGAAAUAUUGCUUCCCAAAGAAGAACGAUUGGCUCCCGAAAAAGAAAGAUUGCCUCCCUAAAAAGAACUAUUGCCUCCAAAAAAAGAGCAAUUGUCUCCCGAAAAAUAACUAUUACCUGCUAAAAAGAAUCACUGCCUUCCCAAAAAGAACUAUUCCUCCCCCAAGAAGAAAUAUUUCCUCCCCAACAAGAAAUAUUUCCAGCCAAAUCAAGACCUCCAAAAUAAAAACCAGCGGUUCAAAACGAGAAACAUUAGUGUGAAUUUGAAUCAAUUUUCAUUUUUACCACUCAAUUGUCAAUACUCAAUAUAGAAAAAUGCAUUGAUUUCUUCAAAGUGAUUCUGCUGUAAAGGCACAUUAUUAAUGAUGAAUAAUGUUCAUUGAAAUACAGGUCAUCUAUUCCAACUGAACUUGAGAACAUUGUCAGCACAUAAUUUUGGAUAAUUUUAUGGAUAACAAACAUACAAAAAGCUCUCUGAUUGUGCCUGUGCGAUUCUGAGAAAAUAAUGUGGUCAUUGGAGUCAUUGGAAAACCAAAACAGAAAAAAAAAUCAUCAUUGCUCCUUCUUCCAUUAGUUGCUGAAUGCAGCAGUUCAAAAUGAAGGUUCAAGAAAUUCCAGAAGAAAUGGAAUCUUGACAGAUCAAAAGGCAUGAAAAUUCCUUGUAUCAAAUGAAACGUAGGGGUAGCCUACGCCUGUACUGUAGGUGGGCUAGCUAGCUCAUCAUCACAUUAGUUAUGUACAAUAAUAUUAUUUAAAAUUAUUGAUGAAUAAACAUUUGACUGAUUGUAGUUGUUAACACAUCUGAGUGGACAAUUAACUUGGAUUGACGUUUCUAAAGUCCAUUGUGGACGAGACUGUAGAUAAUGUUUGAAGAUUUGCAUGGCGAAGUAAUAAUAAUAAUAAUGCUUGCUACGCUCACGCUAGGUUCAAAAUUUAUUUUGCAAAAUGGCUUAAGGUAUUUGAUUUCUUUCACCAAAUUGAAAAUGCUUCAGCCGCAUUUAAAAACCAAUAAAAAUUCACAAAAACAGUUCCGUAAAUGAAUUUCUUGCUUAUUUAUGUCUUAUUCAUUUGUAGCCAGUCGUAAAGGUGGUAAGAACAGUGUGAAACACACAAACAACCUGCGGGACCAGCAGCUUGCAGUACACCACAUAGAUAGUUCUGAAAGAAACUGUUGUUCAGGAGAAUAAUAUUUGCCAAAUAUUAUUCUCUUGAAGACGACUGAAGCAACUUAAUCAAAUUUAUAUAGCAUUUUUAAGCAUUUACAUGUAUUGUUUUCAACAUUGGAGAACCAC